AUGAAUUCGAUGCCAGCCCGUUCACCCUCCCCGCGCUCGCCCUCCGUCCUGUCUGAGCGUCGGACUCUGAGGAGGCUGUCAGGCUUAUCAUCCCCUAUCGACCAGCAAGCAUCCCCCGACAGUGUCCAUCCGGCCGCGAUCACUGAGGAGAUUAACGAGAUCAAGCGUUACGAAGAUUUCACGACCAUUGACUGGAUACAAGAUUCGGUUCAGGAGCAAGCGCGGCGCAGGGCGAAACGACGCGAUGGGACUGGAUUCUGGGAUCACGAAGGCACCUUUGGGUGGAGACGUAAGGUCCUGUUUGCCUUCAUCGCCGCAAGUUUAGUCAAGUCGUUCGCCCCGUAUGCUGCAGGCUCCGGCAUCUCCGAAAUAAAGUGUAUUAUUGCUGGCUUCGUGAUGAAAGGCUUCCUGGGCGCGUGGACGUUAGUGAUCAAGUCUAUCGCGCUCCCACUGGCUAUUGCAUCCGGCCUUUCCGUGGGUAAAGAGGGGCCAAGUGUCCACUUCGCGGUCUGUGCAGGAAAUGUGAUUUCGCGUUUCUUUGGCAAAUAUAGGCGGAAUGCUGCUAAGACCCGGGAGGUUUUGACGGCAACGGCCGCGGCGGGCGUAGCCGUUGCAUUUGGCAGCCCAAUUGGAGGCGUGCUGUUCUCCCUAGAGGAAAUGGCGUCCUAUUUCCCUCUCAAAACUCUUUGGCGAAGCUAUUUUUGCGCAUUGGUUGCGACAGGUGUACUGGCGGCAAUGAAUCCUUUUCGGACCGGACAGUUGGUCAUGUUCCAAGUGCAGUACGAUCGCACGUGGCAUUUCUUCGAAUUGAUAUUCUUUGCCUUCAUCGGCAUUUUUGGGGGCCUGUAUGGAGCGCUUGUCAUCAAGUGGAACCUCCGUGUACAGGCAUUUCGGAAGAAGUAUCUGUCCCAGCAUGCAGUUAUGGAAUCAGUCGUCCUGGCUUGCAUUACGGCGGUUCUGUGUUUUCCGAACAUGUUUUUGAAGAUCAACAUGACGGAGAUGAUGGAGAUUCUCUUCCGCGAGUGCGAAGGGGGCCACGAUUACAAUGGCCUCUGCGAACCUGAUCGUCGCUGGUAUAUUGUUGGAUCGCUGGCUGUGGCCACGUUCCUCCGAAUAUUUCUUGUUAUUAUUUCUUACGGAUGCAAAGUGCCCGCCGGCAUCUUCGUGCCAUCAAUGGCCAUUGGAGCCUCGUUCGGUCGCCUCGUUGGGAUUAUGGUGCAAGCGCUGCAUGAGUCCUUUCCGGACUCUGCGUUCUUUGCCUCGUGUGACCCUGAUGUACCGUGUAUCACACCAGGCACGUACGCAUUUUUAGGCGCUGGUGCGGCACUCAGUGGUAUUAUGCAUUUGACUAUUUCCGUAACGGUCAUUAUGUUUGAAUUGACCGGAGCUCUCACGUACAUUCUUCCCACUAUGAUCGUGGUCGGUAUCACCAAAUUUGUCAGUGACCGUUUCGGCAACGGAGGAAUCGCAGAUCGGAUGAUCUGGUUCAAUGGAUUCCCCUUCCUUGACAACAAAGAAGACCAUAUCUUCAACGUCUCCGUAUCCCACGCUAUGACCAGCGACCCACUCUCCCUCCCAGCAUCGGACUUUCCCGUGCGCGAAGCAGAACAUCUUCUCAACGACAACAAAUUCCAAGGCUUCCCCAUAGUUGAAGACCGCUCGAAAAAGAUCCUAGUCGGAUAUAUUGGCCGAACCGAACUCCGGUAUGCUAUUGACCGCGCGCGAGCAGAAGGCAUGGUGUCCCCCAAUGCACGGUGUUUGUUCACCAAAGAAGCCGCCGAGAACUCCAUCGCGCUCCGCGCAUCCUCCUCAAGACACAAUCUUGUCCCCGAUACAUUCGAUGCGAUUCACCAAAGCUCAGGAACCAGGUUUGUGGAUUUCAGCCGGUAUGUCGACCACACGCCAUUGACCGUGCAUCCGCGUCUUCCGCUGGAAACCGUCAUGGAGAUCUUCAAGAAGAUGGGCCCUCGUAUUAUCCUCGUCGAGCAUCGUGGCCGUCUGACGGGGUUGGUAACCGUCAAAGACUGUCUGAAGUACCAAUUCAAGGUGGAGGCCGAGGAACAGGCUCUCGCGGCGACGAAUAAUCCGCCGGUAUUUCGUCUCGGAGAACACUUGCAUGGCCAUGGCGACACUCUCGAAGAGCGAGUGUGGCAUUUCAUGCAAUCAUUGGGCUCCAAACUACCCAUUUGGAAACGACAUGACCGGCCCAGGGAUUAUGGGCACCGCAGCGGACAUGAUAGAACGGAGGAGGAUGACGAUGGCUUUGUUGAGUUGGAAGAGAGGCAGUGA